CCAGGCUCGACCCCGGGCGCCGCGCCGAGCGCGGCGGCGCCUGGCGGCAUGCCCGGCGCCAUGUCCAUGCCGGGCGGCAUGCCGGGCGGAGCCAUGGCGUCUGGCAUGGCCCCGCUGGGGCUGCCUGGCAUGCCCAGCAUGCUGAGCAUGCCGGGGCUGCCCGGCGCCAUGGGCGGGCUGCCCGGCGCCAUGCCCGGCGCCAUGCCCGGCGCCAUGCCCGGCGCCAUGCCGGGCGCCAUGGCCGCGGGCUUGCCGGGGGGCCUGAUGGGCGCCAUGCCGGGCGCCGCCGGGUCGAUGCCUGGCGGCAUGAUGGGCGCGAUGGCCAUGCCCAGCAUGAGCGGCAUGAUGCCGCAGAUGCCUGGGCUGCCACAGGAGGCAUGCCCGGGGCCUUCCCGGCCGCCCCCGGCUGCGGCGGCUUCCCGGCCGCGCCGGGCUGCGGCGGCUGCGGCGGCUGCGGCGGCUGCGGCGGCUGCUGCGGCAUGCCCGCGGUGCCGCCCGCCGGCGCGCUGCCGCCCAUCUCGCAGCAGGAUCGACCUGUAGCCGACGAUCGAGCCGCAGGGGCGGCGGGUCUGAGCCACGACGGGCGGGCCGCGUGCGGGCAGCCGGGGGCAGCGGGGGCUGCAGAAGCAGGGGAGGAGGAAGGGUCCUCGAAUAACACCUGUGCACUAGUGCCUGGGGACGUUGGACAGUUCUUCUGCGAGUGCCUCUUCGGCUAGCGGAGGAUGGCUUAUGAUUCGUC